CUCAGAGUAUUGCAGUCAAUUGUAUUCAUUUUCAAGCAGCUGAAGAAAAUGGCUUUUCAUUGCCGAGUCCUCAUUGCUUUACUUUUACUUUACUUAAAUGCACAGGCUGGCGCAGCAAAAACAACCUCCAGUGGAGCCUGGCAGCCUUGGCUAAUUGGACUCACUGCCGUCACUGUGUUCAUUUUCAUCGUCUUUGUCCUGUUGAUAAUGAACAGGAUUUUUUGUACAAAGAAUAAGAAUCAAGGGGACUCUGACAAUAACCAUUCUGGCGGUGAUGAGUGUGUGAAACAGGACAUUGAACUAUUGCCUGAGGAUAGGAAUAAGAAUCAAAAGGACUCUGACAGCAACCAUUCUGGUGAUGAUGGAACUGCAGCAUCCAAUGAAUAUUGCAACCCUGCAAUCAUCGAGGAUGAGAAACGGACAAACCUAUAAAGUUCUCCAACUCGAUGCUCAGGCACGACUUCAAUUGUCUUCAACUGUCUUCAGUUUCCCACAAAAUAUAGAAUUAUUGCUUAGUUGCUGAAAGAUGUAAUUCUCUGUAAUAGAAUGCUGAUUAUUCUUCUAAUACAUAAGUGGAGACUAACAAUAACCAUGCCCUUCUCAAUGGUAACUAGAGACGGACAAUAAAUACUGACCAGCCAGAAACAUCCAUGUUUGAUGAGUGAGUAAAACAAAAACAUGAUAAAUAAAUUGUAAUCAUUUUUGAUGUUUUCCAACUUAUGAAAAUAUAAUUUGCUACACGUAAGGUAUUAGUGCAUUUUUCUUCGAGAAUUGGUAUGUUCUUUAUAAAAGAUCACCAAUAAAUAAUAAUGGAAAUCUUCUG